AUGCAAAGUUCGAUCGGGAAAAAGCAUGAUUGGGUCUUGUUGAAGGUUGAACUAAAUCACUCGCACCCGUGUUCAACUAAGAAGGCGGUGCACUACCAUGAGAACAGGGAGUUAACAAUGCAUGCGAAGUGUAUCAUUGAGGUUAAUGAUGAGGCGGGCAUUCGACCCAACAAGACCUUUCUUGCAUUAGCUAAUGAAGUUGGUGGGCCUUCGAACUUGAGCUUCUCAGAGAAGAACGUCAGGAAUUAUAUUUCAUCAACACUCCGAUCUACAAAUGUCAACGCAGAUGUCAAGGAGAUGCUGAAUUACUACAUGCAAAUGAAGGAGUUGAUUUCGAACUACUUUUACGCAGUGAAUUUAAAUAAGGAUAACAAGUUUAUGAGUGCAGUUUGGGUGGAUGCAAGGUGUAGGGCAUCUUAUGAAUACUACGGAGAUAUGGUCUCAUUUGAUACCACAUACAGUACGAACCGGCAUGGAUUGCCGUUCGCUGCUUUUAUUGGUGUGAACCACCAUGGUAAGUCUACUUUGUUAGGCUGCGCUUUGCUAGGCAGUGAGGAGAUCCCGAAUUUUGAGUGGGUGUUCACAUAA